CUUUUUUAGGAAGAAAUGUACUUAACUUAUGCUAUCCACACCGACAUUAGGGUCAUGAGUGGUAUAGUCCGACAGAUCAUUGUAACUACCGAUCCAGAUACCCCCUACUUCCUGCGAGUGGACUGGGCUGUAGACCUGGGUGCUGGAUUCACGUUAGCUCUCACUGAUGGCAACUCUGCAUGGAUUGGAGAAGUUUCAGAAGAUGAGGUGACAAAGGAAGCUGAUGAUAUGGGAGUCGCGAGGGAAAAAUAUAUUGAGGACCUUCUUCAAGCUCUAACAGGAGGUGGAGGGGGAAGAGGAGGGGGAAGGAGACAAGGCGAGGACGAGGUGUAUUCCUUUCACCUGACCCCAGAUCACUGUCAUCUCUCAUAUCAGAAGAUCUGUAAUCACAUCUCGGUGCACUUGGGUUCUGUGGAGCUCCAGCCAGCUCCAGACCCUCUUGAGCUGAACAGGGAGAUGAUUGGCCAGUCCCUGAAGCACAGCAAGGAUCUGGAGAUGGAUAACUGCGAGCUGUUGAAGGAAAACCGCAGGCUGAAGGAGGAGCACCAGAGAAUCCUCCAAGACCUGGAGAGGCAGGUUCAGGAUAAGGAGAUGUCGGAGAGGGAGCUGUACUCGCGUUUUGUCAUGGUGCUAAACGAGAAGAAAGCCAAGAUUCGAGGCUUGCAGGAUGUUCUCCGCCAGCUCCAACAGACGGAUGACCAGCAGAGACAGGAGGAGGGGAGACAACGUGACAAUGACACAACCCAUGGUGAGGACGACAGCCAGGACAGAGGAGAGGAGACCGUUCAGAGCUUCCAUCCAUCUCAGGAGCCAACUAUCCUCAUCACAGGUCGUAAUCUGGUGUGCCAGGGCAUCUCUUUGGACCGGACUUUUUCUGAUGAUGAAGAUGAACAACCGAGACGAAAGCGGAAGUUACUUCACACCCUGAGCCCAGAGUCUUGCGAGCGGGAGUAAAAUCGGAGAGCUGUCUCCUGAGCAUCCGGCUCAAACAUACAAUGUUGUGAGGUCUGUCUACAUUCAACAGCUGCAUGUUUUCUCAUACUGUCCUGACUCACUGCUAGAGCUUCUUGUGCUGCUCCUUCUUAUGACUUCAGAUGGGCUGCAUUGUAUCUUGUUUAUAUGCAAGUGUUGCAAAAAAAAGUCUGAAAAGCAAUAUUACACUACACGUAGAUAUAGUACCUAUGGUCAGACAAUACAAAAAUGUGCAUGUUUAGCGCCACAGUAAUAUUAACAUCUCCAGAUUCGGUGCUUGCAUCGGGACAGUAAUAUCAACCUUCAAUUUUUAAUCUCGCUGCCAGUCAAUAUGUGCUACUUUUGGUGAAUUGAUAAACUCCUCUAGAGAAUUCUUUCAAACCUUAUAACAUCUGCCAACUGCUUUCAUGUGGGUGUUGGCCUGCUCGUAAACAAAACUAAAAAUUACUGCAGUGUCUAGUGUUGCUUGGUCCCACUCACCAUGACAGCAACAACUUUUGGGUUCCAAAGAAAACAUGUACAACAUUUUCUCUCUCUAAACAACUAACAAAAACUUAUUGGGUGGAACAUUUGAUAUUCAGCGCAACUGAAUUCCAAGUGUCUUCUCAUAAACACCUUGGAUUCUGGCUUAAUGACAUGCUGUGCUUCAGAAAGCAUUUCAAACAGGAGGAUCUGUACAUUUUCAAACCUGGUCCAAUUUGCUGUGCAAAUGAUUCAUACCUACCAAAAGUGCUGGAACUGGUCCAGUAGAUGACCUCAGCUGGCAGCUGCAACAUGCAACAAUGGUUGCAGUAUACAGGUAAUACUUUUGGGCAAAUCUACAUCCAUUAUAAAGUUCUUGUUUUUGCCACUAACAGUCUAAGUUUCUGACAAUAAGGGAGCAGAAAGCUUCCUCCAAAGUUUGACUGUUUUAAUUUAAGAGUGAGAUCCUUUUUGUAACCAGAAACACUAGUUGUGCUCAAAAAGUCUUACCCUAAAAUCUUAGGGAAGGUGAGUUGUUACAGUUGUUGCCUCAUCUUGGUUGUCAAAUUCAGCCACAUGCAGCCAUGACUGAAAAUUAAAUCUUGCCGGCAGUUCCACCAGGUAAACUACAACUCUUCUCUCCAGCUCUGACUCGCGUUUCCACCAACUUAUAUCUCGCGAGAUUUCAGAGCGAAAACUUGUGUUUCUGGUUACAGAAUAGUGCUAUUAGGGGGCGCUGUUUAGCUCAGUGGAUAGAGCAGGUGUCCCAUGUACAGAGGCUUUGUCCUCGCUGCAGCGGCCCCAGAUUCGAGUCCCUGCUUGGGGCCCUUUGCUGCUUGUCACUCCCCUCUCAACCUGUUUCCUGACACGUCUUCAGCUGUUCUGUCAAUAAAGCCAAAAGGCCAAAAAAUGUAUACUUUAGAAAAGUGCUAUUAGUGUCGCCCCAGAGGAUUGAUAUUACAGCCAUCGCAGUCAUGUUAAGACUGAAGCUCUGACAGUCCAAAAGACAAACUGCAAAACUUUUGGUAAUUAUGAAUAAUUUACAGACAUUUUUGGUGCUCAUGAGAGAGAGUGUGAACCGCUCUCACUGGAUCAUUGCAGUUGAACUGUAUUACAUAAAGAAUGUUUCCAUAUUGAGGGAUCAAAUAUUUAUGAUGUGAUGUUUGUUUUAUAAGUUCAAAUCUUAUAUUACAUUACUUUUUCCCUCUCUUCCAUUUCCCGUCUUUCUUUACCAAGGUUUGUCCCUGCUUUGUCCCCACCCUCCUCAACGAAUCGAUGACGUCCAGAGCGCAUCAUGAGCAUGAUUAGACCCCUAAACCUAAAGCUUUUGUGGUCAACAUGAUAAUGGUUAAGCCUCUCUUGAUCCUUGCAACUCUGAGCUAGUCAACCCUCAGCUCGUUACAUACAACCAAAACAGUGACAACCAGGCAACAGUGUCCUGGAGUUGUCCCCAGAUUUGAUGCCAGAUUUUGUCCCAGAUUGUGCAAGAAGUUUUUCAGAAAGCCAGAGCAUGUAACUGCCAUCUGGUUUGCUUUAGCUGUGACAAUUACCUGCCACAGCUCUCACGAGACGCUUGCUGCUUGUCUCCCAGCUUCCAUAAAUCAAAACACGAACAAGUAAUGACGUUAUCUCUCCCCAAUUGCCACCAAAUGGAUGCACCCAUCACUGCUGCUGUCAAGACUUUGCCCUGAUGUGUUAGUGGUCAUGUGAUAACAGGGACUUAACGCCCUCCAU